ACGCGCGCACUUUAGCAUUAACGGAGCCGCAGUCGGAAAGCGGUAGUUGGGAGCUCCGGCCGGCAGUUGCUUCUAAAAAGACGGAGAGGGAGCCGCCAGCGUCCCCGCGGGGCAUUAAAGAAAGAGAAUGAUCGACCGAGCGGGGCCGGGCUGACUGGAGGUGGCCUGGAAGUGAUGUGGAGAAGCCGCGGCUGAGAGGGUGCCGCAGUACGCGCGCAGCCAGCCAGGAAACCCCGCUGCUGCGGCCUAGCGCAGCCGGAGGAGGGCCGGCUGUCGUGUUAAGAGGUAUGCCGGGCUUGCUGUGACCCUCUUCUCUUCUUUCUCCUCCUCCGGCCCCUCGGGAAGUGAAUAUGGAGACUCACAUCUCCUGCCUCUUUCCCGAGCUCCUGGCCAUGAUCUUCAGCUACCUGGACGUGCGGGACAAGGGCCGGGCUGCCCAGGUGUGCGGAGCCUGGCGGGACGCGGCCUACCAUAAGUCAGUGUGGCGAGGGACGGAAGCCAAACUGCACCUGAGGCGGGCUAACCCGUCCCUCUUCCCCAGUCUGCAGGCUCGGGGCAUCCGCAAGGUGCAGAUCCUCAGCCUGCGCCGCAGCCUCAGCUACGUGAUCCAGGGAAUGCCCAACAUCGAGAGCCUGAACCUGAGCGGCUGCUACAACCUGACCGACAACGGCCUGGGCCACGCCUUCGUGCAGGAGAUCGGCUCCCUCCGGGCCCUCAACCUCAGCCUGUGCAAGCAGAUCACGGACAGCAGCCUGGGCCGCAUCGCCCAGUACCUGAAAGGCCUUGAGGUGCUGGAGCUCGGCGGCUGCAGCAACAUCACCAACACCGGCCUGCUGCUCAUCGCCUGGGGGCUGCAUGGACUUAAGAGCCUGAACCUGCGCAGCUGUCGCCACGUGUCGGACGUGGGCAUCGGCCACCUGGCCGGCAUGACCCGCAGCGCCGCUGAGGGCUGCCUGGGGUUGGAGCAGCUCACGCUGCAGGACUGCCAGAAACUCACCGACCUGGCCCUCAAGCACAUUUCCCGGGGGCUGCAAGGACUCAGGGUGCUGAACCUCAGCUUCUGCGGGGGGAUCUCGGACGCUGGGCUGCUGCACCUCUCGCACAUGGCCAGCCUCAGGAGCCUCAAUUUACGAAGCUGCGAUAAUAUAAGCGAUACGGGGAUCAUGCAUCUGGCCAUGGGCAGCCUGCGCCUCUCUGGCCUGGACGUGUCUUUCUGCGACAAGGUAGGCGACCAGAGCCUGGCCUAUAUUGCCCAGGGCCUGUAUGGCCUCAAGUCCCUGUCCCUGUGCUCCUGCCACAUCAGCGACGAUGGCAUCAACCGCAUGGUGCGACAGAUGCACGGCCUCAGGACCCUGAACAUCGGCCAGUGCGUCCGGAUCACGGACAAGGGGCUGGAGCUCAUAGCCGAGCACCUGAGCCAGCUGACCGGCAUAGACUUGUACGGCUGCACCCGCAUCACCAAGAGGGGGCUGGAGAGGAUCACACAGCUGCCCUGCCUCAAAGUGCUCAAUCUGGGGCUCUGGCAGAUGACCGAGAGCGAGAAGGUUAGGUGAGGGGCCCCGACGUGGCCCCUUCCUUCAGAGAUACUCUGUGACUGAUGCAUCAUACUGCCUGAGGGGGCCACACACAGCAAGAACAGGGCCACUAACACUGGUUCUGGUGUGACUUAAAAUUAAAUCACCCUUCAUUGACAAAUGGUUAGUUCACAGGUAGAGGGACAACCUUUUUUAUUUUUUUUUCCCUUCCUUAAAAUGCUAUUGCACAAGGGGUUAAUGUUAUCCGAUGACAGCUCUGUAACUGGCGAGAUCAUUUGGCACUGUAAAGGGUUAACCGCCCCACAUCCAGCUGCCUAUUCUCUGGCACAGCACGAGUUAAUUUAGCUGUUAAGAGGAAUGUUACCCCCUCUGCCCAUGGAUUGCUUUGGUGGGCACUCCAUUACCAGGGUUAACCCUUUAUACACGUGCCACUUGAUUGCUGCCCUGUCAUCUCCUGGCUGUCCCCCCCACCCCGUCCCCGUUCUCCAGCAACGUAAGGGUUAAUGGGAGCUGCACCCAUAACAUUUCUUUUCUGGUGUGUUUUAUUUUGUACACAGUAUGUUUCCAGUAAUCACAAAAUGCUUUCGGUUGGCAUUUUCCCAGUAAUGUUGGGAACGGCCCAUUAUGGGGCUUUUUAUUUUUUUUUCCUCCCCUUUUCUAAAUUUCGUGACUCUUGACAUUU